AUGCGUGUCCCCUACGUCUCCAACCCACCAGACACCGCCGACGAGACCGAAGCGGCCAUCGUGCAGCGGAUUCAAGCGCGGCGUGCUCCCCGGCCUCUGCAGCCCCUGGACCUGGCGCUUCUGCACAGCCCGCCCGUGGCCGACGGGUGGAACUCGUUCCUCGGCGCGGUGCGCACCAAGACUACUAUUCCCGACGACAUUCGGGAGCUGGCAAUCAGCCGCGUGGCGGUUGUCAACCGGGCGUGGUACGAGUGGAUGCACCAUGCGCCUCUCGCCGUGAAGGGCGGCGUCAGUGAGGAUGGGCUUGAGGCUGUGAAGAGCGCGGAACCUCUCAACAUUUCGUCACGGCCGGAGGUGCUGAACGAGCGCCAGUGGGCGGCGCUGGUGUAUGCCGAUGAGAUGACGCGGAAUGUCGAGGUCCGGCAGGAGACGUUUGAUGCACUGAAGGGGCUGUUCAACGAUAAAGAGGUUGUGGAGAUUACUGCCACGGUCGCAUGUUACAACUGUGUGAGCCGUUUCCUGGUUGCUUUGGAUGUGGGCGAGAAGAAUGGCUUGGGCCCAGAUGCUAAGCACUGA